GAAGUUCUUAGCCAAUGAAAAAUAAUCAAUAAUUCUCUGAGUAAAACCUCUAAACUUUGAGAGCUCAACAGAAGCCAGAAGGGGAUGAUCAUUUCUUCUCUCGGAGUUCCUGCAUUCCCAGAAUUAGGUGAUGACUCUUGAUUUACCAUUUCGAUAGAUAUUAGCUUGGAACUCGGAAGUACUCUUAAGUCUCUAACCUUUUGAGUCCAAAUUAAUUGGAGUUCUACUUGAGUUUCGGUUAGAGUCUAAACCAAGACGUUUUCAUUGAAACUCUCUCCUUGAACGUUAUUAAGGAGGACUGUUAUUUGGUUUAGGGUGUGUGACAUUCGUCGUCAUGCAAAUACAGAACGUAUUCCAUCCAGUGCUGUCUUUAAACUAUGGAAAAGCUCCAAAUGGACAAUUUGGAGCUGUUUGCACACUUCCUUCAGUGUCACAUCAUGCUAAUUUUCUGUUAGUAGCGGCGAGAGUUCAUUAUCUGACAAAUCAUAUAAAUCUACACAGCCUGAAAAUAAAUAGCAGCUUUUUGGAAAGGAAAAGUGUUAUGGAUGAAAAUCAAGGGGAAUUGUCUAAUGAAGAUGAUGAGCUUUGUCCUGUGGAAUGUGUUAAAGAAUUUAAGACUGAUGACGAACUGUUCAGUAUUCUGGAGAGGGCCAAAAAAGAUAGCUCCUUAGUUGUUGUGGAUUUUUAUCGUACUUCCUGUGGAAGUUGCAAAUAUAUAGAGCAAGGCUUCUCCAAAUUGUGCAAAGGAUCUGGAAAAAAGGACGCUCCUGUUAUCUUCUUGAAGCAUAAUGUUAUGGACGAAUAUGAUGAACAAUCUGAGACAGCAGACAGAUUAAGAAUCAAGGCAGUGCCACUCUUUCACUUCUACAAAGAUGGAGUCUUAUUGGAAAAAUUCGCAACCAGGGACAAGGAGAGGAUUUUGGCUGCAAUUCGUAAAUAUUCGUCUGCAGACAUUUAGAGCAACCAGGUUUUAUUUCUGCGCUUGCAAUACUUUUUCUAUGUAGACCUUAUACCAGAAAAAUCCAUUCCACUUAAUGGAAUCUACAGAUAGUAAUUCUCUACUUAGAGAGUAUAUAUAUAAAAUUAUUAUGUGCAUUUUCCCUUGUACAAAUGAAGGAAUCUCAAGUUCGAAUAUAUAUAAACUUGCUUGUACUAUCUGGGAAAUUCUAUAAAGUUGUGAUAUUUGCUAUUGAUGAA